AUUUAGACAGCUUUGAUGAUGGGUUACUACUUACUAAAAAUUUUUACGGAAGCCAAAAGACUCGUAUCCCAGUUAAUGCGACGCCUAAAAACAUUAAAAUCUAUACUCAUCGAAGUUUGACAUCGACUCUGUCACUUUGUUUUGUCAACUGUGAUCGGCAAAAUGUCGGCACACAAGACAUUUAUUAUCAAGCGCAAGCUUGCCAAAAAGCUGAAACAAAACAGGCCUAUCCCACAAUGGGUCAGAAUGCGCACAGGGAAUACUAUUAGAUACAACGCUAAGAGGCGUCACUGGAGGAGGACUAAGCUCAAGCUGUAAGCUGGAGCUGGAGUAGUUACACAGUUAAGCUAAAUAAAUUCCCUUCACCAUCUAA